GUUUGGAUGGCACUAUAUGUAUAGUUUGGUCAUUUUGAGGUUAAGGUUGUAGUAAAGAAUGGAUAUGAUGAAAUUUACUCUUUUGGUGUUUCUUUAUCACCAGUUGCUAUGGCAAGGAAACGUCUGGAGUCAGGGUGAGCUGCCAGUUAACACCACGGCGUCAGAGCUUCAGGGGGACGAAUCGGCAGCUAACACCACGGUGCCAGAGCGUCAGGGGGACGAAUCGCCAGCUAACACCACGGCGCCAGAGCGUCAGGGGGACGAAUCGCCAGCUAACACCACGACGCCAGAGCGUCAGUGGGACGAAUCGCCAGCUAACACCACGGUGCCAGAGCGUCAGUGGGACGAAUCGCCAGCUAACACCACGACGCCAGAGCAUCAGUGGGACGAAUCGCCAGCUAACACCACGACGCCAGAGCGUCAGUGGGACGAAUCGCCAGCUAACACCACGACGCCAGAGCAUCAGUGGGACGAAUCGCCAGCUAACACCACGGCGCCAGGGCCUCAGGGGGACGAAUCGCCAGCUAACACCACGGCGCCAGGGCCUCAGGGGGACGAAUCGCCAGCUAACACCACGACGCCAGAGCGUCAGUGGGACGAAUCGCCAGCUAACACCACGGUGCCAGAGCGUCAGUGGGACGAAUCGCCAGCUAACACCACGGCGCCAGAGCGUCAGUGGGACGAAUCGCCAGCUAACACCACGACGCCAGAGCGUCAGUGGGACGAAUCGCCAUCUAACACCACGACGCCAGAGCAUCAGUGGGACGAAUCGCCAGCUAACACCACGGCGCCAGGGCCUCAGGGGGACGAAUCGCCAGCUAACACCACGACGCCAGAGCGUCAGUGGGACGAAUCGCCAGCUAACACCACGGUGCCAGAGCGUCAGUGGGACGAAUCGCCAGCUAACACCACGGCGCCAGGGCCUCAGGAGGAUGAGACUGAGACCACUUCUAGUGCCACCACACAGUCUCAGGAGAUGGAGACCACUUCUAGUGCCACCACACAGUCUCAGGAGACUAGACCACUUCAAACACUACCUAAGCCUUGUUGA